AUGAGCAAAGGGGAUAGCAGCACCCCCACGCCGCUGCACGGCGAUGGCACAGCAACGUCUACGCCCCCGCUCGACGCUCCACUGCGUGCAUCGGCCCGCUGGAGGCAGCUGCGGUACGCCCGGCGGAUCCGCAGCACCCGGCGCGGCGGCGAUCAGCGCGUCAUCACCGAGGACGGCCGCUACCGUUCGACUGCCGUGAGGCUGCGUCGGAUCCACGCGCUCAAGACAGCGUUCGCCGUCCUCAUCGGCGCCGCGCUGACGCUGAUCAACCCGGUCGAGGAGAUCACCAAGGGCACCGGCGUUUGGGCAGUGAUCACCACAAUCGUCGUCAUGCAGACGCAGACCCUCGGCUCCACCACGCACAAGACGCUCAACCGAGUCGUCGGGACCACCUUUGCUGCCGGAGCAGCGCUCGUGUGCGGACUUCUCGUAAACAUGCUGCCCUCCGUUUGUUUUAACCGCGACCCCUCGCCCCUCGCCUCGGUCUUUGUCGGCGCCUCCAUCUUCGCCUACACUGGCGCAGCAACCUUUCUGGCCUCCAGCAAGGCGUGGGCGAGUUGGAGCUACGCGCUCUUCCUCUCCGCGCUCACCUUUGACUUUCUACUCAUCCUCGAGUACCGAGACGACUUCCAGUCUGGCGUCUACCGCGUUGUCAUGAUCCUCGUCGGCGCGCUCAUCGCGAUGGUCGUCACGGCACUUCCUCCUCGGAUCCUGGCGUCGAGAGAACUACGAGGCAUCCUUGCUGACAAUCUGCUCGACGCGGCUCAGGCGAUGAGCAGCGUGGUUGGCGCCUUCUGCUCCGGAUCGAGAUUGGCUCGCAUCUCCCAGAUCUGUGACGACCCGGAGAUUGAGUGCGACAUCCACGCCACGUACCAGCAGAUCAUCAGCUCGCGGCCCGCGUACGAGGCGGCGGUGUCGGCGGCGGAGUGGGAGGAGUGGGAGCUCGGCGGCGGCGGGGACUGGGCGACCUUUCGCGACGUUGGAACCCAUAUGCGGCGCUUCAUCUACUCCGUCGUGACGCUCGACGAGUACACCCGUCAUCCCGUCAAUGGCUCCGCCGGGGCCUCGCGCACCCACUUCUCUGAGCUGCUCGCCGGCCCGCUGACCGAUCUCACCGCCGCCGUCGCGAAGCUGCUGCGCGCCAUUGCCGCGACUGUGGAGCACGGCCAGGGGUCGGGGCGGGAGGCCACGUCCCGUUUGAACUGCGGGUGGCCUGUCUUCCGAGAGGCGCCGCCGGGACGGCCGUCGCGGCGAGGCAACACGGAGGAGGCGCCGACGCGGGACGAGGAGCAGGCGAGCGCUGCGGCCGGGGUCGAGCGCGCCUCGGCGGCGCUCGCGCAACAGCUGGCGCAGUUUUGCCGCGCCGCGAUGGCGGGUCUGCCCACCGAGGAGACUCUGUGGCUGGCGACCUACAUCGCCUUUGUUCGCCAGGCCACGGAUGCGGCGGGCCGGCUCCUCCAGCUCCACCGCAGCACCGAGAGAGCGGUGCGCAGGAUUGGAGGCGGCAGUGCAGCGCAAGGGGUGGAGAGCGUGCACGGGGGAGACGUGUGCGUGGUGCAAGUACGGUCAGACGACGACGACGGCUACAACGAGGCGGCGGCGGUGCGAUGA